GCGCCCAGGGGAGAAGGGGGUGGUACAGUCUUACAGCUCUGGCUUCCAACUCCCAGCUCCUCCCCCGGGGCGGGAGCCGGACUUGGAUCGCAAUGGGUAACUCCGUAUUCCUGGCCCCAGUCCCUCCCUCGGGGAGGAGUUUAUUCAUUGCCGCCAUACUUACGGCGGCUCCGGCCAACUUCCCUCGCAGGCCACCGUUCCCGCAGUCUGAGGCGUUUUGGACCCAGAGCUGGGCGCUGAGCUGAGCAGAGAUCACACUACCCCGUUCAGGUUCUGUGCUCUUGUCGAGGAGGCAAUGUCGACUUCCUGUGUCCUUCUGCAUACUGGGCAGAAGAUGCCCCUGAUUGGACUGGGCACCUGGAAGAGUGAGUCUGGCCAGGUGAAAGAAGCUAUUAAGUAUGCCCUGAGCGUUGGCUACCGCCAUAUUGAUUGUGCUGCUGUCUAUGGCAAUGAGGCUGAGAUCGGGGAGGCCCUGAAGGAGAAUGUGGGACCAGGCAAGGUGUUACGGGAGCAUCUGUUUGUGACAUCCAAGCUGUGGAACACCAAACACCACCCUGAGGAUGUGGAACCUGCCCUCCGGAAGACGCUGGCUGACCUCCAGCUGGAGUAUUUGGACCUGUACCUCAUGCACUGGCCUCAUGCCUUUGAGCAGGGAGACAACCCCUUCCCUAAGAAUGCGGAUGGGACUAUACGCUAUGACUCCACCCACUACAAGGAGACCUGGAAGGCUCUAGAGGCACUGGUGGCCAAGGGGCUGGUGCGGGCACUGGGUCUGUCCAACUUCAACAGCCGGCAGAUCGAUGAUGUGCUCAGUGUGGCCUCUGUGCGCCCUGCUGUCCUGCAGGUGGAAUGCCACCCAUACCUGGCUCAGAAAGAGCUGAUUGCUCACUGCCAUGCACGUGGUCUGGAGGUGACUGCUUAUAGCCCUCUGGGCUCUUCUGAUCGUGCUUGGCGGGAUCCUGAUGAGCCUGUCUUGCUUCAGGAUCCAGUGGUCCUGGCACUGGCUGAAAAGUAUGGCCGGUCUCCAGCUCAGGUCUUGCUCAGGUGGCAGGUCCAGCGGAAAGUGGUCUCCAUCCCCAAGAGUAUCACUCCUUCCCGAAUCCUUCAGAACAUCCAGGUGUUUGACUUCACCUUCAGCCCAGAAGAGAUGAAGCAGUUAGAUGAUCUGAACAAAAAUUGGCGAUAUAUUGUGCCCAUGCUUACGGUGGAUGGGAAGCGGGUCCCGAGAGAUGCGGGGCAUCCUCUGUACCCUUUCAAUGACCCAUACUGAGGACACAGCUUUCUGACUUCCCUUCCAGCUCUCCUGCUGUGAGGUCCUGGUAUCUCCAGAAAGGGAGUUAUUAAAGCUACUGGAGGAUCCACACUGCUUACUUGUCUUAUCUUUCUUGUCAAGCCUGGGAAGGAAAUUGUUUCCCUUAGGAAUGCCACACCUGGGCUGCUGGGUAUGACCUGCCCCAAAGUCCAAACUUCCUUUUCUUUCCUGGUUCUGAAUUCCAGGCUGCAUUCCUCUAUUAGGUACAUUAGAGGAGGAACGCCAUCUCGUGGCAGCUCUGAGCACUGCAUGCUUCCCUAGAGUUGUCUUAAUGGAGAAUGUCAUAAAUUGGUCACCUUAGAGGACUGAGA